AUGUCCUGGCAAUAUAAGCUCGCAUCCAACGUGCGGGCGCCUCCGCUACGGGCACUGACCCGGCCUAAUGGCCUCCUAUAUCGCCCGGCCGCCCGCGGCCCUGCGGGGAGUCUCUCCGCUUGGUCAGAGCCCAUCAUGACUCAAACCACCGUCUCGUACACCGCUAAGCGCACUCUGUCGGCCGUUCAGACCCGCAAGUGCCUCAACCUCGACAACAUCAACCAGAACGUUCGGGAGGCUAAGUAUGCUGUGCGCGGUGAACUGGCCGUCAAGGCCGAGGACUACCGUCAGCGCUUGAUUGAUGGCGACAAGUCCCUGCCCUUCGAUAGUGUCAUUUUCGCCAACAUCGGUAACCCUCAACAACUCGACCAAAAGCCCAUCACCUUCUUCCGCCAGGUCCUCAGUCUCGUUGAGAACCCGUUGUUGUUGCAGAACCCCGAGGUCCUCAAGACUUCGUUCGGAUACAAGCAGGAUGUGAUCGACCGCGCCCAAGCCCUUUUGGCUAAUGUUCAGAGUGUCGGUGCCUACAGUCACAGUCAGGGUGCCCCCGGCAUCCGGAACAGCGUUGCCAAGUUCAUCGAGGACCGUGACGGGUUCCCCGCCAACCCCCAAGACCUCUUCUUGACCGCCGGUGCUUCGUCUGGUGUUAGCACCCUCCUCAACGUCAUCUGCAACAGCCCCAGUGCCGGUGUUCUGGUUCCCAUCCCUCAGUACCCUCUCUACACUGCAACUCUCUCAUUGCUGAACGCCCGCUGUGUCCCUUACCUCCUCGAGGAGGAGAAGGCCUGGGGUACCGAUGUAAAUGCGAUCCUCAAGUCUAUUGAGGACGCCAAGAGUGCCGGCACCGACGUGCGCGCCGUGGUCGUGAUCAACCCCGGCAACCCAACUGGAGCCUCUCUGAGCGCGGAUGACAUCAAGAAGGUUCUUGAUGUCGCCGCUGAGGAGAGCCUCGUUGUGAUUGCCGACGAGGUUUAUCAGACUAACGUCUUCAAGGGCGAAUUUGUGUCCUUCAAGAAGCGCCUGCGCCAGCUUCAGAAGGAGCAGCCCGGCAAGUACGAUGAUGUUGAGCUGGUCUCGCUGCACAGUAUCUCUAAGGGUAUGGUCGGCGAGUGUGGCCACCGCGGUGGUUACUUCGAGCUUGUUGGCUUCGAGCCUCUCGUCCAGGAACAGAUCUACAAACUCGUCAGCAUUGGUCUGUGCCCGCCGGUCGUCGCACAGUGCCUGCUCGAGUGCAUGGUCAACCCUCCCCGCGAAGGCGAGCCCAGCUUCGACCUCUACAACAAGGAGUACACUGGUAUUUCCGAAGGUUUACGCAAGCGUGCUCUCUCCUUGUUCAACGCCUUCCAGCGCAUGGAGGGCGUUGAGUGCCAGGAGCCUCAGGGUGCCAUGUACCUUUUCCCCACCAUCAACCUCUCCCCUAAGGCUGUUGAAGCCGCCAAGGCCGAGGGCCGAGCCGCGGAUGAGUUCUACUCCCUAGCUCUGCUCGACGCUACCGGUGUCUGCGUCGUCCCUGGCUCAGGCUUCGGCCAGAAAGAGAACACCCUCCACUUCCGCACUACCUUCCUUGCUCCCGGCACCGACUGGGUGGAACGCAUCGUCAAGUUCCACUCCGAGUUCAUGGACAAGUACCGCUAA